CAACAAAUAUAGUCAUUAACAAAAUUUAUCAAAAAGAAAAGGAAUUUUUUGUUCGCUGCAAAAAUAAGUUGAAUUCAAUAAAAAAGUUGUUUCUAGAUAUUUUCACAACGAGUGCGAACCGUGGCAGUGUAGUGUGUAUGUGUGUGUGUUGCGUGCGUGUGCCUGCGUCCUUAUGAGCGUGUAUACGUUAACGGUUUCCUCGGACCAAAGCGCUAAAUAAUUCUUAGUUUUAUAUAACCCGCAACACCAACAAAAAGAAAAGGCAAAGGUAAAGGCAAACUGCAGUGGAAAGUGUGUGAAAAAUCAAACAAGGAGCAGGAGGCGUAAGUCCGUCGUGAAAACCGUUGCCAGCAAAACUCGCGCGCGCUUCUCCAGCGAAAAUCAGAAAACACAAGUCCCAGCGCCCAGCUGAACGUAUCGAACGAACGUGGCGUCCAACGAGAGCAACAACAGUGCCGCGGGUGGCAGUGGCAGUGGCGCAGAAUCUGCCGCACUGUUCUCCAAACUACGUAGCUUCUCCAUCGGCAGCGGGCCCAACUCGCCGCAGCGAGUCGUCUCCAAUUUGCGCGGUUUUCUAACACAUCGCCUCAGCAAUAUCACACCUAGCGAUACAGGUUGUCCACUGGGAUGCCAACUUGCACACCAACAACACGAAAACAUGUAAAGCCACAUAAGAACAGGAAGAACAGCAGCAGCAGCAGCAAGAACCACAAAUACAGUUAACCACACGUAACGACAAACCACCUCAAAGCGAGCAAAUUGAUGUUGAACUCGGGCAUUGUGAGCAGAGGCAGUACCCGUAGCAACAGCAGCAACAACAAUUAACGGAACGGAAACGGAAGCGACCACAUUGUAGCAAGCGCUGCACAAUAUCCGGCAGACAUGAAAUUGGCGAGCGAGCGAAGCGCAAAAGCGAAGGAUAUUAAAACUGUCUGUUAACGGCUCAGUCAGUCAGUCAGUCAGUCAGUCAGACCAAGAAGCUGAGGCAAAUUGCCCCGAAACAUUGAGUACAAAAGCAAGCAGGAGUGACAAGAAAGGAGCAGCACAUUGCUAGCGAGGAGAAGAAAACACGAAAAGGUAAAGGAAGCGGAGCACGAGAAGCGUGAAAGAAAAUUUGAACGAUUCCAAGUUAAAUAGCAACAACCACAAUGGCCUCAUUUCAAAUACCUUUGAUCAAUCUGGAGCUGCGCGAGGUGAAGGAGAUCUUAUGGGAGAAAAUACAGGAGCCGGUGAAUCAGAGACGCCUGAUCCUGGUAAUUGUCUCGAUAGCAUUGUUGCUGGACAACAUGCUGUAUAUGGUUAUAGUGCCGAUUAUACCCGACUAUCUGCGUGAGAUUGGCAGCUUCGAUGAUGGACCGACACCUCCACCAUUGCGCGACAAUCGCACCGGCCAAAUCAUACCCGUACAUCAUGACCAUCACGGGCAGGACUCAGCCACAGGCAUACUGUUCGCCUCGAAGGCCAUUGUGCAGCUGAUGGUGAAUCCGUUUUCGGGCGGACUUAUCGACAAAAUUGGCUACGACUUACCCAUGAUGAUUGGCCUAACCAUUAUGUUCUUCUCCACGGCAGUCUUCGCUUGCGGCAGCAGCUACAGCGUCCUCUUUUUUGCCCGCUCGCUUCAGGGUGCGGGCUCUGCGUUCGCCGAUACCUCGGGUCUGGCCAUGAUAGCGGAUCGUUUUACGGAGGAGAACGAACGCUCGCAGGCAUUGGGCAUAGCGCUGGCCUUCAUCAGCUUCGGCUGCCUGGUGGCACCCCCUUUUGGAGGUGCGCUUUAUCAGUUUGCUGGCAAGGAGGUGCCCUUCCUCAUAUUGGCAGUGGUUUGUCUGCUCGAUGGCCUGAUGCUGUUGCUGGUCAUGAAACCGGUCAAGGACCAAAUCAAACAGAGCAAAGAGGUUUCGGAUCAGGCCAUACCCAUUUGGCGUCUGCUUAUGGAUCCGUAUAUUGCCGUUUGUGCCGGCGCCCUGACAAUGUCUAAUGUGGCGCUGGCCUUCCUGGAGCCCACAAUCUCGUUGUGGAUGGAAGAUACAAUGACCACAGAAAAUUGGAAAAUUGGUAUGGUAUGGCUGCCCGCCUUCUUUCCGCAUGUUCUGGGCGUGGUCAUAACGGUGAAAAUGGCGCGCAAAUAUCCACAGCAUCAGUGGCUGAUGGCCGCCGGCGGCUUGGCUCUAGAGGGCUUCUCCUGCUUCAUCAUACCGUUCUGUAGCGGCUACAAAAUGCUGAUGCUGCCCAUCUGCGUCAUAUGCUUUGGCAUUGCGCUCAUCGACACUGCCCUGCUGCCCACACUGGGCUACCUGGUGGACGUGCGCUACGUGUCCGUCUACGGCAGCAUCUACGCCAUUGCGGAUAUAUCCUACUCGAUCGCCUACGCUGUGGGGCCCAUCAUUGCGGGUGGCGUGGUGGAGGCCAUUGGCUUCACAGCGCUCAACUUCCUGAUUGCUUUCUCAAAUCUGGCCUAUGUGCCGGUGCUGCGCAAGCUGCGCAACAUCUACGACUUCAAGCCGUUCGAGAACGAGGCGAAUAUCUUGAUGCAGGAUCCGCCAAACAAGGAGUACCAGACGUACGUCAUGCACGAUCAAAAGCCUGUCGAUGGCGAAUUCAAGAACCAUCUGGAGUACGGCCAAAAGUACCAGCAGGAUCAGGAGACCAAUCUGGACGAACAGCAAUACGACUAUCAGCAGCAGCAAGGCUAUCAGCAGGACCAGAGCUAUCAGGCCCAGCAACAGGGAUAUCAACAGCAGGGCUAUCAGCCGGGCUACCAGGAACAAGGCGGCAGCUAUGCACAGCAGGCACAGGCACAGCCACAGCAACGGGUCGCAAAUCCUUUCCAGCAACAAAGUGGCGGCAGCAGAGCACCCGCCGGACCGGCGAAUCCCUUUAGACAAGGAUUUUAAACUAUUGUCUUACACAAAACUAGCAUUAAUUUAUGUUUGUUUGUACAUUCUCGAGCGCAUUGUUUGUACAUUUCGUUAGAACUUUCUUGAUUUUUUGUUAUCGUGCGAGACACAUUGACACUCAGAUACACACACACACACACACACACACACAAAUUCAUAUUUAUAUACAUUAUGCAAUGCUAAUAUGCAUACGACUCUAUUACAUAGGCAAGUGGUACGUACACUAUAACAAGCAUAACAUAACAUACAUACAAAGGUAUAUACAUAGUACAUAUAUGUAUGAUAUACAUUUAUGAACAAAUUGCAAAUAUUUUAAGCAACAGCUAGCUAAUGCAAUACACCGCACGAGUUAUUUGUAUCAUACACCAGUUGAACUAUACAUAAUCGUAUACAUUUAGCCAUACAUACUAUAUAAGUUAAUGCCUAGUGCUAUAUAGCGCGACUGAACCGAUCGAACGGUACAGAUCGCCUAUGCCCUAUACUCAGUACGCAAGCAGCCGUUUUCAUCUCGUCUAUCAACGUAAUGUGGUUCGCCACAGUAAAGCUAGAGAAACCAAAGCAUAUUUAUAGUUAGGUCUUUAUUAUGUAUGCACGUAUAUGUACAUAUGUAGGGUCUGCCUUACUGAGUGGCUCAUUGAUCACACUAUGGAAAGAAAAGGUGUUUUACUCGUGCACUCAAUUUUCAAAAAGGAUAUUUUCAACAAACCUGAUUAAAGCUGUUGAUUCACACAAUUUCAUUCAAAUUUUAUUCACAUUAUUGUUCAUGUGACCA